GUACCAACUACAGCUCCUGUGCUGGGGGGAGCAAGGCAGCGGCCUACAAUGCCCUCAGGUGGCGGCCAUACGCAGCGCCGCCCCGGCUCCGGGCAGGGGAAGGGGCAGGGAAAUGGAGUCUCUGACAGCAGGGCGCCACGGACUACAAGUGCCACAGUGCACCGCGCAGCAGGUAGCCGCAGGUUGCUCCCGGCAGGCUCCGUGCGCUACCCUGGGUAAUGUAGUUUAUCCGUUGAGAGGCCCCUUGCAAGCCGGAGGCGGGGCUGGCGGCUCGAAGGACUACAACUCCCAUCAGGCCGUGUGCCGCUGCGGGGCAGGAGGGCUGCUCCUGCGGCCGGUCACCGCCGAUAGUCGCGAUUUGGGUGUCGUAGGGGGACGGCGGGGCCGGGUCUGUGCGCCAUGGACAGCCGGUGCUACGGGUGUGCGCGCAAGUUCGGCGUCUUCAAGAAGGAGUGCGGCUGUGCGAGCUGCGGCCGGGCCUUCUGCUCCAGCUGCCUCAGCUUCAGCGCCGCCGUGCCCCGCUGUGGAGGUGGCCAGCAGAAGGUGUGCAAGCAGUGCCACGGAAAGCUCACGGGACAGGAACCUCAGAACAGUUCAGCAAAAUGGUCGCCACCAGAAAACUACAAAAAGCGUGUAGCAGCUUUUGAGGCUAAGCAAAUGAAAGGAAAACAGAAGGCAGCUCCCAAAUCCCCAGGUCAAGCUGACUCCAGAUACCGGGGGCUCUCAAAAGAGGAUAGAGCUAUUGCAGAGAGACUGCAGAAGCUCAGAGAGGAAAGGAAACCCAAGUCCAUCCCUUCUCAGGCUGAGAUCGAAGCUAGGUUUGCUGCACUGAAGGAGGAUUACCGGGGACCUGUUCCAUCCAUGCAGGAAAUGGAGGACCGGUUGGCUGUCCUGCAAGGGAGACGUCCUCCUUCCCAGGCUCCCAGACCAGUGCAUCGACCCCCUGAUACCAGAAGUCUGACGCAGCAAACAGAUGACCUGUUAACUCAGCUGGCUGAGGAAGUUGCCAUUGAUGAGCAUUACAGUCCAGGAGCCCAGCCUCAAGCUGCUGGUAGCCAAAACUUGAAUGACCUCAAUCGGGAAAGUGAAGAUUAUGCUUGCCAUGCAAGUCUGGACCCAAAACAGCUAGAGGAAGAGAAGAAUAAACUUCUGGCAGAGGCUGCUGCUGAGUUGCGAGAUGAAAACACUAGGCAGGAAAAGAUCUUACAAAUUGCAAAGAGAUUGGCAGUGCUCAGAGGUCAGGACCCAGAGAAAGUUACUUUGGAAUCUUAUAAGCUUCCUGACAGUGAUGAAGAAUUGGAUGAGGAGGAAGCCAUUCGGAGAGUGCUAAAACAGCUCACAGAGGAAGUGGCCCUGGAUGAAGCAAGUGGAUUCAACAUUCCUCCAGAUCAGACCACCCAGCCAGGACCCUCACAACAGACCCUGUAUAAGAAAACAAAGCAAAAGAGCCAGACUCCAACCAACACAGCUCUUACCAAGACAGAUGACAGUGACGAGGAUGAAUUACCCUGGUGCUGUAUCUGCAACGAAGAUGCUACUUUGCGUUGCCAUGGCUGCGAUGGGGAUCUCUACUGCCAGCGCUGUUUUCGGGAAGGCCACGAUGAGUUUGACCUGAAGGACCACCACACUUCCCGCUAUCAUCUUCCUCGCAAGUAGAGGUGAUCACAUUCUUCAUGGGCAGAAAAGGAGAUAGAGAACGGGAAGAGAGGGAGUCGGCCAGAGGGGAAGACUCCAACUGGAUUUGCAGCCAAAAUGGGUGAUGUUUUGGACAGUAAAAGGAUGUGCUGUAAUCUGAGAGAGGCUUGGAGGGCGUGUAUCGUUGUCCUCACAAACACAACCAGAAAAGUGCUGGGUUUGCCAUGCCUGUUUGGGUUAAAUAAGGACUUGAUGUGAGGAGGUGGAUAUGCAUCUAUAUAUUUAUAGAUAAAGUAAGGCGAUGUGGGUAGCAGUAAAGAUGUACGGUUAAGGCAGUGCUGGCUGAUAAGUAACUUCCUGCUUUUGCUAACUUACACAUUGGUUCACAAGGCAGCAAAGCACUUUGCACUAAGAAACUGUCUACAUCGUGGUCAUGUGUGAUGAGAACUUCCAAAACAUAAUAAAAACUACUUACAGAGGCCUGCGUUUAAAGUCUCAACUGGGAAUGCUUGAUAGUUCUUCACAAAGUGUCACCCUCCUGUGAUAUCUCAGUCCUUCUGUCAAGCGGCUCAGGGGAAGAUAGUAAGGAUCAUGAAGUCACAAAAAGUGUUUCUGUGGUGUUGCUGGGAAGGUACAGAGGAGUUAUGGUUACUCUGCCUUGAUGAGCAGUGUUGCUCCUGUACUUGAAAUGAAGGAUGCUUUGUAAAGGUAAUCUGCUACAAAUGCGCUGCAUUGUGAUCUGCAGUGACAGUGCCUAAAUUCCACAUUAUCUGUUAGCAUGUUAGUCUGGAAGAGUUGUGUGUUAAUAUUAAGGUGGGGCUUGGCUCUAUUGGUCCCCUGAUAGAAUAAAGAUGCUACUUGUAUGAUGCUGUUUAUCUGGCUAUGAGAGAAACUCAGUUUAGUUUCCUUAUAUCCCUCCUUGGAGAUAGGUCAGAUGCACGUGACACAUGCCAGUGGCUACAGCACCCAGAAUUGCUUGAAAUACCUGACUAAACUUUCCUGAAGUCAGCUGUAAUUGGUAUGAGCUCUUCCCAGGACUAUAAUGUGACUUCUGAGACAGCUGUCUAAGGUUGACAAAUUCUAGGAGUGUCAAAAAAAAAUUAAAAAAAAAAAAAAAUCAAGGAUUUGCCUUUGACAGAGUUUCCAGUGAAUCUUGCCUGUCUGGUUUGACAUCGCCACUCCCAGCUGUCUGCCCUGCCCUGUGCUGAAGGUCACUGCUUCUGUAGGUGAGAUGACAAAACAGUAUUUGCCUGCACUUCAGCCACCCCUGCUCAGAGCACUGUAAAUACCUUAAACUACCUCUGAAGGUGGGCUUAUGUUGGGCUGGAUCAGGUGCUUCAGUAGUAACCCAUGCCAGACAAUGUGGAAUAGUAAUACUGCAGGUUGACCCAGCAAGAAUUGCUGGUGUGUAUGUCAGCACUGUCAAAACCCUUUGUUAGGAAAGGGUAGCAAAACCUGACUCUUGUGGAGGAUGUUCUUUCCCCUAAGAGUCCUUGCUUCAAAAGUGCCUGUCUGUCUGUCCUCCCAAAGUGACAGGAAAACUACUGAAUUCUGAUGCAAGAGUUUACAAUGAGUCCUGUGUUACACAAGAUUUAAGUAGAUAGUUACUUACCUGAGGGGUUUGCAGUCUUAAAAAUGAAAACAAAAUGCAGUUCUAGCUUUGUAUUGUUGUGGGAAUGAUGCUUCAUUUUUAUUUAACCAGGAUAAUUAGUCUGUCUAAAAAUUCUGUCUUAGAUUUAGGCAAAACACAAAGUAUUUAACCUGUAUAGAAGAAGAUGCAAAUACCUGGCCUUAUAUCCCAUCUAAGGCUGAUCCACUCCCUUGGGCUUCAGCGUGGGUCCCCCAGCUUUUGUUUCAUCAGCAACAACAGAACUUUGAGCUCCUUGUGCAGUUAGGCAGCCUCAGUCCUGUGAACCCUGCCCUGUGCACAACAGUAGUAAAGCAGCAGUUUACAGCCUGAAGCAGCUUAUUUAAUUUCCUGGAUUUAUUUCUGUGGGUUCAUCCCAAGAAAUCCAGAAAUGCACCCAACCCAGUACCUGAAAUAGAACUUAGUCAUACGUGGAAGACUCUCUUCAGUCAUACACACGCAUGCUGACUCUUUCGCUGCACUAAUGGACACUUUUGUGGCUGCUGAGCUUUCUGCAUGUAAUUGGCCAUUUUAAUGGCAGCCUAAUCACUUUCCCCUUGAAAAGCCAUUCCCACUGUAGCCCUCUUGUCCCUCUUACGUGGAGCUCACUGAGACACGAGCUGUCUCAGUCAGCUGUCUGCAGGCAGCAAACCUAGCUGAAUCUGUCAUCAUGAAAGAGGAAUGUUGUGUGACCUUUAACUGGGCACAGUUACCUAGUAAAGGUACUGGGUACUUUCCUUCUAUCUUUGUAGCAUGCCAUGAGGGCACAAGAAGAUUUUCUUUUAUUCUCAAAAUGUUUUGUAUGUGAACUAUCAAAAGUAGGUUCCUCCCCAACAAGAACUCAAAGUAAUGAUAACAAAUGAAGUUGAACUCAAACUAGCUUACAAAGGGAGGUCUCAGUUAAGCUUCAUUAACUUGCAAUUGCUGUAGUUCGUGAACAUGCACAUUGUCUUAACUGCUGUAACAAGUGUGAAAUGUAGCAGGCUGAAUAUUUUUAAAGGGAAUGUAAGUGUUGCUCAUAAUAAAAGAAAAUUGAUUUGAAGGUUAUAUUGUACACCUUCAUAAGCCUUCAAUUAGAAAAGCACAUGAACUUUCACGCGUUCUGAGUUAUAUUGAUAUAAUCAAGAGGGCAAAGUUUCCUUUAAGAAACCUUCUCAAACAGUCUCCAUAUACUAAAUAUUACAGCCUUAUGCUAGUGAUGAGAAACAGCAAAUAUAACUGGAAGCUGUUUGUAAGCAAAAUGUAGUUCAGUCUGUCCUUAUGGGUUAAGCGGAGAGUAGCCAAAAAGUAAAUAAAAGCAAGUUUGACUUAUUACUUUUGAGAAUCAAUUUUAAAAGUUUUUGCACCAGAGCCGAGAAAUCAGCUAGCACUGGCCACAUCUUGCUUUGUUCCCUGUUAUCACAUUGUGCUUGUCUUGAGUGCUCUUUUGUGCUGCAGUGAUGUUCUUAUGUACCAGAAAUAACUGCAUGUCACAGGGGCCACAGCUUACUCUUUAUGCUACUUGAAGAGGACGUAUAAAGACAACUUCUCUCAAGCAGUGUUUCAAAAGCCUGUUUGUUUUUGCUUUUUUUUUCCCUGGGUUCUAACAAUAUCUGUGUACUUAUAGCUAAAAAUGCUUUUAGCAUCAUUCCAAAUUGAGUGGGUACAGAAAAAUGUGCAGCAUGGAGAAAAGUCUCUCUCAGGCCAGAGUGGCACUUCAGGUCUUGGUGCUGUCACAGAUCAGCAGAAAAAACCAAAGCUAUCUUGGUAGACUGUGUCAUUAAUCUGGACACCUGUGGACUUCUGUGCUGUGGCUAAUUACAGCUAUAGUUUAGGACUCUUAGCUCGUGGUCUGUCCACCUGGGUCUUCCACCUGAACUUCUGUUCGAACCUAGUUUGUGAUGUUAAGAGUAAUUAGAGCUCUUUGCCAGUAUGCUACUUUCCUUUCUUGAGAGCUGUGAUACGUAAGUGUUAGCAGGUGUAAAUCCAUGAGCAAUGCCAGAUCUACAGCAGGUACAGAUGUGAACUGAUUUUUUCUGUUGUUAUUUUACUUACAAAUUGGAGAUUUCAGGAGGGCAGGCAUGUCCUCGUGGCCCCUUACUAAGCCAAGGAGGGCACUUGCCCGUGGACCUGAUACAGUAAACCUGGUGGAUGAGGCUUAGAGCCUCUGGGAGCAGCAGCCUUAGGACAAGUGUGAGCUGCAUGGCUUGACAACUCAAGAAUAGCGUGUAAAGAGAAGCAAGCCCUUACAUCACCAUUUUUACAGCAGCAAGGAUUUUGUCCUUGCUGAGAGAUGCACGUAGCUCACAUCUUGUUCACUGACACUUCUGCUGAAAAAUAGGAGGGAUGCAGAAGGUAAUAGUCAUCACUGUUAUUGAUGAUGAUUAAGAAGCUAAUGUAUUUAAGAUAUUAUUAGUCCAGCCCGAGUCAUUGUUUGUUUUAGUUAACCUUCCUGUCCCUUUUCUUGCAGAGUUGGCCCCUUUGUCCCUUCUUGUCUGACAGAAUAUGUACUCAAAAGCUAGCUUUGAACAUACUGGUAUGUAGGAGCCCCUCUGGAUGCAACUCAGCAACUCAUCCCUUGCGUUUGAGUGGCAGUCAUGAGAGUGUAGGGGCAGGACAUAACGUGAGACUGAUCUGCCUAGCCAGACAUCCUCCAUUUGCUGUCUUAUUUCCUUGCCAUAUGUGUCAAGUUACAGACUUGCUGAGAAGUUGGAUGUAGUUUUCUCUGUAUUUUUCCAGCCACACAUUAGUUACAGCCAGAAGAGUGUGUGCAGCAAGUCAGUGUCCUACUUCACUUCUCAUUUGGGAGACCUACCUGUCUGCCAAAGACUCGCUCUGCAAUUCUCCCUGCAGGGAAAUUAGAAGCAGGUAUGUUUUCAGUUCAAUUUUUCCUUAGUGUCUAAAAAAAAAAAAAGAGCAAAAUCAAGCAGCACAUAGCUGAUUUUCUCUGUUUUAAUAUACAAAAUAAGCAUUUUUAAUGUCUUUUUAAAUGAGGAGAAAAUCAUUCCCAGGCCUUCAGAAGACACUUAUAAAUCAUCAAGUCCAAAUUCCACAAAGAGGAAACACAAUCUCUUCCAUUAGCCUUAGCAGCUGUUUCACCAACUUCCCCUUAAGUAUUGACCAGAUGCACUUGGCGGUUUUCCUUCAAUCCUACUGUAUAUUUUCUGUCCAACCUUUGUGAAUGACAGAGGCUUAAUAAGACAAAGUAUGUUCAAUGCUGUAGAGUUAGGUGUAGUAGUAACAGGAGAUCACAGUCAGGUCCCAGCCGGACUUGAAAGAGGGUGCAGCUUCACAGUAACUGAUUUUCCGUGUUGAUGAAUGAGUGAUAACCAAUGCCUUGUUUUCCUUGCAGUGGGUGGAAGAAGUUCUGAUGAGCUGCUGAGAAUUGUAUUCAGUGCUCCACAGCCAGCAUGGAAAUUCCCAGAAGAAACUAAAAGAACGAUGUCUUGUCUUGUCCCCAAGGUUAAAAUACCAUUUAAAAAACAGGCGAAUAUGCAACUUAGCUCCCUGCUGUGCACGUACAUGUGGAAGGAGUGGAAACUUCAAACCACUGGUACAAAGUUCACAAACUUGGUGAUGUGUCUCAAUAACAGCUCUACUGCUUCCUGUUGCCACCAUAACCUCCUGCCCACUUCUGCUGCCUUCCCCAUGUAGGGCAAAGCAAGCCGUCCCUCUUGUUGUUUCCUUGUUCAACCUGUAAAGCUCCAUGUUGUGGACUGCAAACCACGCUGAAGCUGUGCCAAUUCUAGAAGGAAGUGGCUGGCAGAGAAGGGGGUGGAACAGAACACAUGUAGGACUAAUGAUAACCUGGAGCAGGAGUUGAGGACUGGAAGACCAGAUAGAUGAGCAGUUAAUGGAGAUAAAUCCCAACUGCUUUGCUGACACAGCCAAGGACUAUGAACCAAACCGGACCAUCUGGUUAUUCCAAGCAGAAGUCAAAGUGACUAGUGCAAACUUUACCAUCUUCACGGCAAGUAACAUCAUUGUAAAGGACUGUGCAGCUUUUCUUCACCCAAAGAGGACAGAUGCAUAUCAUUGUAAUUAGGCAAGGUCACCAGAGGUAUUGCAACUUGCUAUAUUUUGUACUCUGUGAAAGCCCAGCUUCCUCACUCUAGUGAUCAGAGUUUGUCUGCCACAGCAUGCUCUGGAGGUAAAUGCCUAGGAUUGUACCUUUGUAUUCAGUCCCUUCAGAAGAAAUGAGUUUGUUUCAUCUGUCUACUUUCUGGGAAUAGGCUGCUGUGAUCUUUCAAGGGGACUGGAUUCAAGAUUACAAGGGUGAAAGUAUAUACUUUUGCCACUGAGGCAGCAAUAUCCAGUUGUAGUUAUCAAGAAGCAUACUCUCAGCAAGACACUUUCACGGUUGCUGAAUCAUUAGAGCAAACUAUUUUCAGUUAUAUCUCUGGGAAAGUGGAGUUCUUGCCCAAGAUCUGAAGCUUAGACACACUGAAAACCAUUUCCCUAUUGCCAGCCUUGUCUGCCAGACCCAUGUUAGGAGACUAUCCACGAUGCUCGUUAGUUUAAUUUUGAUGGGAGUAAUGCAUCCAUGUCAUUUUCUGCAUGUUCAUCACUGUACAGCUACAUAUAAAGGCUGGACAAGACAUUUAGUAACACCUGAGCACAAUAUUCAUGUACAAAGCACAUGACUGAAGCAGGAGUAGCGGACCUUAUUUUGCACACAGCAGUAUGCAGCAAAGGUAAUUGCUAUGUGAUGCACACGCUACUCUGCAGAGUACUAGGCUGUGCUCCUUUGAAUGCUGUGAAUUCUUUAACUCCCUAACUCAAACCAGGACCUGUAAAGAUCAUGAGGUGGAGGUGAAGCAUGUGUUAAACUGACCUAAAGGGCCACUGCUAAACAAUUAUCUGCCCAGUCCAAUCUCAGGGCCAUCCUACAUUCUUGUCAUUCAUACACUAGAGUGUUUUAAGCUAAAAAUGAAUGUAAUUAAUGGCAUGCAAGAUGCUUAUAUGAACUGUCUAUACCUUUUCCACACUGAGAACCAAGUAGCAACUCAGCCUGGUCACCUCAGGAUGUCAAAAUAUGGAAUGAACUUUGGCUGCACAGCAAAAUCAUUCAUCUGCUCCGCUGCUCAACCUUCAGCUCAGCUAUGUAGAGCUGAACAUAUUUUUAUAACAUAUCAGAACAAAUGUACUAAUACCUCCCAUUGGAAAGUAAAUAUGCAGUAUCAUGUUAGGCAAAGUAACAUCCUGGCUAUUCAUCCAAGUAGCAACAAACAUACUCUUAGAGCACAGCAUAAUAUAUACAUUGAUGGUGCUUCACUCACCUCUGUUGGGCUAGAGCAUUCAUGGAGGAUUUCCUAAAAGACAAGGAGGAGUCAUUUUAGAGUUUUAUAAAUUGACCCUUCCCUCAAGCUACAAAAAGGACAUACAAUCUUACUGUACUUGACAGGGUAAAAGGCACAGGGAAGCAGCAUGUAACACAGGAUGCAUGUGUUCUGCAGCCCAAACACCACUGCUAUAUUGUAUUAUGACAGCAGUCCCUAACUGAAAGCCACCAAGUCCCUCUAUCUAACCUGUAGUUUUAGUUUCUGUUCUUCAUUAGGGACCUCCAGGAGAUCUUCAAGAUCAAUUUCGGGUCCAUGAACUUGUGCCUCCGUUUUCUCUCUCAGCUAAAAAGAAAAAAAAUACACAGUUAAUAAACCUUUAAGCUUUUAAGAACUCUAGAGGCCAUUUUGGGAGAACUGAGCGGCUGAGAAGUAGCUAGUUACGAUAGAACUAUGCUGCAAAGUUGAGGUCAAGAAAUAAAUCAUCUCAAAAUAAGGAGGUUCUUGCAAAGAGGGCAUGUAUUCCACAGCCCCUCUGUGGUGUCUGCUACAGCCACACAUCUUGAUUCAUCAUCUGCUCCCAUCUCAACCCUUGAUGGCUGCUCAGGGAUCAUGGGCCAUGAUGGGAACCAAGGGGUGUUCCACCUCUUCAAGAAUAUUCAACAUCAAUUGCCAACUGCAAUGCGAUGUAACCCAGCUUGGGACAACCCACUUCUAUGAAGCGUAUGCACAGGUGUUCACCAAACAGAAGUCUGGCAGGCUUAAUGUUAAAGAGGCACUACUAAUAUAAGGAGACUUUAAGCUUUUUAGCCCCGUACAUUUGUGAGAAUUAAGAUUGUGUUUUUGCAGUGGAAAAUUCCACUAACCUUGCAUAUUCAAAAGUGAUUGUACAGGCAUAGUAACAGUGGCAUAACAGUGGGGAGCACGUUAAGCAGAUAAGGGGACAGUGGAAGGUCCCACUGUCUCAAAAUAAGGGGGAUAGCUAAGAAAAACAAGACAAGCAGUAUGAAAUCAGUAAAAACAAAAAAUCAUGGUUCUAAGGUUGGUCAAAUGAAAUUGUACGUAUAUAGUAUAGUAACAAGCAUCGAGUAGGUUGUGAACCUGUAGUACUCAGCCAACGAGGAAACGGGAGGAAUCAAGCAUUGGGUAAUAGGGAAUAAAAGGUUAUGAUAAACUUUUGCCACCCGCUCCUGCUUGCAGGACGCCCGCCAUUGCAAUCGCGAAUAGAAUGCUGCUUUGCUGAGAUCCUCGCCUGAGCCUAUGUUAUUGGCUACAAAUUGUGUCUCACACAUUCACAUGGUUGGUAUUUAUACUAAGGAUUUCUGCAGUCAUAAAGAAACAACUCUGCUUUUGAAAAGC